CAUCUUUCAAGUCACCACCAAACAAAAGCGAACCUCUCUGUCUCUUACUGUUUCUCUAGGGUGAAGUGGACGUUCCUUUCUUCCUGCUUCUUCUUCUUUUCUUGAGUUCUUGAAACACAAACGAACGGAUACCUCUCACUAGCGUCCAUGUGCGUGUGAUAGAGAGAGAAAGGAAGAAGUAGAGAGAGUUAAUCAAGUUUCGUUUCUUUUCCUUUCUUCCUUCUUCUCUGCUAACUUAUCUCCUUGUACGACUGUGACAAGUGAUAGCUCAGAGAGGGAAGUAGGCAGAAUACCACCUAUAUAUUUUCGCCCUUAAGUUUUUUUAUAGAGGCUAUCAUGUGUUCCUUCAGAUCCAGGGAACCCGGAUAGCAAAAGGCAUCCCCUCUUGUGCUAGCCUUUCCUGUGAUCCUUCCCCCUUUUCCCCUUUCUUGUAUCAAGCGAUAAGGCCUCCAAUUUCGCGUCCCAUUUCCCGUCUAAUUUUUUCAACCAAUUAAUUUCCUCCCUCAAGGAUCGACGCAUAAUUGGAUCCUUUUGCUGCUUCUAGAGUGAGCGGGGAAUUGCCUGCCAUUUCUAGACUACUCUCGGCUUCUUCUUCUUCCCAUCGUCGCGUGCUUUCUAUAAAGGGGAAGCUCUCGGAUCUGGUUCGGUUGCAUAUUCGUGUCAAAGAUUUUUGAACCUGCGGCUGGUGAGCCUUGGAGAGUGAUGAAGAGGAGGCGGAGGAGGGCGUGGUGGAGCAAUGACAGGAUGUAUGAUCUCUGAAGCCCAAGAAGUCUACUGCCCCCUGUGCUGCUGCUGAACUCAAAGGGAGGAGUCGAUGGAGGACAUGUCUCCGGCUGUUGCUUUGCCAUUUAGGACCGGCAAUUCGCACCGCGAAGAGGUCGCUUGCCUUCAGCUGAUAACGGACCCUGCCGCGACCCUGCUGUCCGAUACGAUGGCUGACCAUGUGCCGGCCGAGCGAGAGGAAGCUGCCCAAGUAGUGGUGAUGGAGGAGGGAGGAGAUGGGGAUGAGCUCGAGGACCGGACGGUACACGGGAGCGAAGAAGAGGAUUCCGUUUCAGUCGUACCGGAGCCAUCGGUUGGGAGCUCGAUCAGCGAUAGCAGCAGCAGCAUCGCCAGUGCCACUGACGAGUUCUCGAGCUUGGACCCGUCUUCCGAGGCCGGGACGCCGAUCUCUGUGGCGGGACCUGCUUUGACUGCGAAUGUGGGUGUGCUGCCGGCGGUCGCCGAACCAGAGGUUCAGGGAGGUCUGGCCAGUGCAAGUGGCGGUGGGCGGAGCGUGUUCUUGACGAAUUACGUACCGCUCUGGGGCUGCGUAUCCAUUUGUGGGCGGAGGCCGGAGAUGGAGGAUGCUGUGGUGGCGGUGCCUGGAUUCUUCGAAAUCCCGCUCCGGAUGCUAACAAAUGAUGGUGCUGUUGAUGGGAUGGAUCCGAGUUUGAUUAGCUUGCCUGCUCAUUUCUUCGGAGUCUAUGAUGGUCAUGGUGGUUCCCAGGUUGCUAACUACUGUCGUGAUCGACUUCAUCUCGCACUGGUAGAAGGGCUAAGAAAUGUAUCUGAAGGUCUGGGAGGAGUAAGCGGGGAUGCUUGGAAGAAGCAGUGGGAGAGAGUGUUCGUUGAUUGCUUUCAGAAAGUUGAUGAUGAGGUGGGAGGCAAAGUUAGCAGAGGGAAUGUGGGAGGUGCAGCUGAUGCAUCAGUGGAGGGCAGCGAUCUUUGUCUAGGUGCACCAUCAGAACCUAUUGCACCGGAGACUGUUGGAUCAACAGCUGUGGUUGCUGUUAUCUGUUCUUCACACAUCAUCGUUGCAAACUGUGGGGAUUCGAGGGCGGUCCUUUGUCGUGGCAAACAGCCUGUGUCUCUAUCUGUGGAUCAUAAACCAAACAGAGAAGAUGAGUAUGCAAGGAUUGAAGCAGAGGGGGGCAAGGUUAUACAAUGGAAUGGAUACCGUGUAUUUGGUGUUCUUGCUAUGUCACGUUCAAUUGGGGACCGCUACUUGAAGCCAUGGAUUAUUCCAGUACCUGAAGUAACAAUCGUUCCGCGAACAAAAGAAGACGAUUGCCUUGUUCUAGCCAGUGAUGGCUUAUGGGAUGUUAUGUCAAAUGAAGAGGUUUGUGAUGUAGCCCGCAGGCGGAUCCUAAGCUGGCACAAAAAGAAUGGUGUCACGACAUCUCCCAUACAAAGAGGUGAAGAAGCCGAUCCUGCAGCUCAAGCAGCUGCAGGCUGCCUGUCGAAGCAUGCUCUCCAGAAGGGAAGCAAGGACAACAUCACUAUCAUUGUGGUGGACCUAAAAUGUCAAAGGAAGUUUAAGAGCAAAACCUAACCAGGUAGGUUGGACAUCAUUUGAUCAACUGGGUUAGAAAGUCACAUGAUCUGAGACUUAAAUUUACCCAGAAAAUUACUGCCUUAAAUGCAUUGCCUAGCCCAUCUGUUUUUGUCAUUUGGGCUUUUUAAGGCUGUGCUAUGUAUUUAUUAUAGUAUCUUUUCAAUCUAGGGUUUAUAAUUCUAAGCGGCAAUAAUCUUGUAAUUUCUUUCUUCUUCAGCUGGGCUGUGUGCUGGCAAUGUAAAUUUGAGCUAUUGUAGGUGAAGAAUGGUGGUGGGAAGUAUUCUAUACUACCCUCAGGACAAUGUUAAUCUACUUUGUUGUAUUCGCUUCUGCCUCCGAGUGCAAGGCUCUGUGAGGUGCUUGUUUUACUUUUGCUCUUUUUUUGUCUUAGUACUUUUCCCCUUGCUCUGCAUGUAGUUCUUCCAUGAACAGUAUGCAAAUAUUAAAAGAUGAAACCUGGGACUUAUGGUC